GGAAAACAAACGGAUUAGUGUGUUGCGACUCUCAUCAUCCCGGGUGCGCCAUCCUUUACACCACCGUCCAAAACAAACCACAUGCAAUCUGCACCUCCGCGCUGGGAACAACGCUCCGCAUAAUUCACGCCGGAUCGACUUUUUGGGGGGGGGGGGUUUCGGCGAGGACUCGGGGUCGUUGUCCCCGGGACUUUUCUUCGCCGUGCUGACGUCGGGUCACCGGCCGGCCGUCUGUGGAAGUGGGACAUGGGAACAGAUGGCGCAUGCGGGCGGGCCUUGCGGGGGCUACUGACGCGGACCCAGACGGGUAUCGACCAAUGAAACAACGAAACAAGAGCAGUUGUCGUUAGCUUUUGCACGGACAACUUGACCCCCCCCCCCCACCCCCACCCCCACACACACACACACACACGCACGCACGCACACACACGUUCGGAUAAGAGCGCGCGUCGUUUGACGGAGAGCCAUAAAGAGAUUGAUGAGUGACGUCUCGAUCUCUGCCGUCGACAUAAUCCUCCCCACCCCCAACCAAUCCCCGUCCCCUAGCGGGCGCGUGUCCCUGUCUCGCUGAACAAUGGUCGACAACCGCUACGCCACGGCUCUGGUCAUCGCCGGCGUGCUGAGCGCGCUGGCCACCGUGUACCUGUCGGUGGCCGUCGGCACGCCGCACUGGUACCAGUACAGCAGCCCCGCCGUGCGCGGCGAGGCCAACGUGUCCGAGCUGCGCUCCCUGUACGAGGAGUUCAUGGACGGGGAGUUCGACGAGAAGACCUACAGCGACACGCUGUUCCGCCUCAACGGCACCGUGGGCCUGUGGUGGCGGUGCGUGCUCGCCCCCGCCGCCAACGCGCACUGGCACAAAGAGCGAGACGCCAAGAUGAUGCUGGAGUGCCGCAGCUUCACUGUCUCUCAGCAGCUCACUCCCAAGUACAAAGAACCGGGCAACCACAACAGCGGGGAGGACCUGCUGCGCACCUAUAUGUGGAGGAGCCAGUGUCUGCUGCCACUGGUGUCCUUGGGUCUGGUCGUGUUGGCAGGCCUGAUCGGGUUCUGUGCCUGCCUCUGCCAAAGCCUCACACCUACACUCGGUGUCGGGAUACUGCACCUCCUGGCCGGCCUCUGCACCUUGGCCACAGUGUGCUGCUACCUGGCCGGGAUGGACCUGCUCCACAGGGUGUCGAUGCUGCCCGAUAAGGUGGACGGCUCUCUGGGCUGGUCCCUCUACUUGGCCCUCAUUUCCUCGCCGCUGCACAUGAUGGCCGCCGCGCUGCUUGUGUGGGCGGCGCGCAGUCACAGUCAGACCUACUACCGCAUGAGCGCCUACCGGGUGGCAUAGUCUUUGAGAUUCAGCUGGGGAUCUCUGCCCUGUUUUGGGUGAAUACCCGUCGAGCCAUUAAGACGAAUGGUCUCGGACGGACGGGUUAGUCUGUUUGUUUUCCCUCCCUCUGAUGGAUCAAAUGUGGUAACGAGCCGACCUGCUGCGUCAAACGAUCGGAUUGUUCUUUUUUAUCUCUCCACACAAUCUCACAAAAACACAGUUAAAAAUAUUUCAGAAGGCAACACCUCAAUUGGUACAACAAUAGAUUGUAUCAACGUCACCCUGCUUGCGAAAAUGUCAAAGAAGUUUGCUAAGAAGAGGAUUUUAAUUGACAGACAGCAGACAGGUGACAAAGCCCUGUAAUGGCAGCAAGGCGGAAGGCCUGUAAUUAUUCUCCAUUUAUAAUGACCGGUUUGCUAAUGUUAGUCGAGACGACUACAGACUAUGGUUUGUAUAGUAUUCUAUUACCACAGUCAUUUGACUCCAGGAAGUUGACUCCCUUUUAUUACUCAAGUGGUAGUUAUAUAUAUAUAAAUGGCCAUUGUUACGGUUCUUUAUUUUCAUGAUUUGAAGUGAUUUGUUUUUCUGUUUUCAAGCAUUUUUUAAAAACAUUUUGACAUAUUAGGUAGGCUGUAGCAGGAAAGAUCAAACGAUUUUUCAAGUGUUUUUUCACCAUUUACUUUUGUCACUUUUACAAUUUGUUUCCCUUUGUGAAUUUGUUGUUGUGUAUUUGAUUUAUACAAUUGUUUAAUUUUAAUAACACAUUUACCACCAUUUCAAUUCAACAGGAUUAAAGGGAAAUACGUUUCCCUGUUAGACAUUAUGAAUGUAAAUUAAAGGCCAUGUUGUGAUAAACGACAGUAUUACUUUGCACUUAAAUUAUUCUUGAACAUAUCCUGAACAUUUCUACUUUUUUGGGGAAGCAAGUGUCUAAAAAAAACAACUAAUAUUACCCUAAAAACUAUGAUAUAUGUUUUCAUAUGUAUGUGUGUCUGUGAAAUGAAAUGUGAGGUCAGAUUUUGUAUAUUCAGCCCUUUAAUUGAAAACAAUGUUCCAUCCCUGAAUCCAC